GUCGUUUGGGGAGUUUAGUUAUGCUUACUCAUCUCAUCACCUCCGUGGAGUGAUGCCACUGUGAGAAGGAGAAGAAGAAGAAGAAAGCAUGAUCCGAACACGAUUGUUGUGGUUCGGCGCAGGGUUCACCACCGCAGGUGCUGUGGUUUCCCAUUUCAUUUGGAAGGACCUCUGGGUUGACCGUCACGCCCUCAAUUCUCACAUCACCCACAAAUUCGAUCCUCUCCAAGCUCGAAUUUCCAUCCUCGAAUCCUCUCUACCUAAUCACACUCCCGCUUCCGAUCAGGUUGAAGGUUAGAUUUUUAGCUCCAAUGGGCGUUAUGCUUCAAAAUGAUUGUAGAGGAAAUGAACAUAAUAAGACUGCUGAGGCAACCUUAAACUUCUUACCUGCUUUUUUGUCCCUCUGAGUUUAGCUAAUUGUGACGAAAAAAAGAAACGAAGGAAAGGAAGGUGACUAUGUGUAGUUCUCAUAUAUUAUCCUUUUUAGUUAUGUAACACAUUAUUUGCAAUAUCAAGAACUGUUUCAUCCGUUGCUUCA